CUUCAGCCCCGAAUGCUGCACCUUCCACUGGACGGCGACGAAGGCGGUUGCCGUGCCAGCGCAGGACUGGGCGGCCUGUGUGGGAGUGUGAGCUGCGGUGCCCCGGGCAGCGCUCCAGAGGGGAAGCCGCGCGGCAGGCUGGAGCUACUCGGCCAGGGUUUCAGACUUUAAAUGAGAAUAAAGGGUGGUAUUUACGAGGAAAUGAGAGUGAAUAAGUCAUCUCUAACCUCUCCCAGCCUUUUUUUCAUAAGAGAGACCAUAUUAAACUUACAUGCUCUCCCGGCUGUGAUUGACCUUCAGUUACAGAGAGAGGGAGCAGAGUGGGACCAGGUCUGAGAAUAGUGAAGCAACUCAUUCCUUUCAGGACAUUCCCUCUGAUGUCCUAUUUUCAAACUGGUCUCUGGAGGAGCCUAAGGUGAUCUCCGCCUUCUCUGGAAAGCAGGCCGGGAAGCACGUGGUGCACAUCGCUUGCGGGAGCACUUACAGCGCGGCCAUCACUGCCGAGGGGGAGCUGUACACCUGGGGCCACGGGAACUGCGGCCGGCUGGGCCACGGCUCCAGUGAAGAUGAGGCCACUCCGAUGCUGGUAGCUGGGCUUAAAUAAGGACUGAAGGUCACCGAUGUGGCGUGUGGGAGUGGGGACGCUCAAACCCUGGCUGUCACUGAGAAUGACAGUGGUGACCCUGGCCAGGAGCGCGGACGUGCUGAGCAUCGUGCAGUCGGCUGCCCAGGCCGUGCUGCAGAGCGGCUGUCCGUGCUGCUGCCCACCACGGAGGAGCAGGCCCGGGCACUCUCUGCUCUCCUGCCCUGCGCAGUUUCAGGCAAUGAAGUGAACCUAAGUCCAGGUCGUCAAUUCAUGAUUGAUCUUCUGGUGGGCAGCUUGAUGGCUGCUGGAGGGUUGGAGUCAGCCUUACACGCAGCCAUUACUGCGGAGAUCCAGGAUACUGAGGCCAAAAAAGAAGCACAGAAGGAAAAAGAAAUUGAUGAACAGGAAGCAAAUGCCUCAACAUUUCAUAGAAGCAGGACUCCAUUGGAUAAAGACCUUAUUAAUACGGGGAUCUGUGAGCCUUCUGGCAAACAGUGUUUGCCUCUGGUUCAGCUCAUACAACAGCUUCUUAGACUGGAGUGCAAUGACGCGAUCUUGGCUCACUGCAACCUCCACCUCCCAGGUUCAAGUGAUUCUCCUGCCUCAGCCUCUCGAGCCGCUGGGAUUACAGAUGAUAGUGUCGAACCAAGUGGAACAAAGAAAGAAGAUCUGAAUGACAAAGAGAAAAAAGAUGAAGAAGAAACUCCUGCACCUGUAUAUAGGGCCAAGUCAAUUCUGGACAGCUGGGUAUGGGGCAAGCAACCAGCAGGUUCAUCAGCUGCUGGAGGAGUGCCGGACAGGAUGAAAGCACAGGAGAACUUUCUGGAUGAUAGAAAUGUUCCAUAUCUUCAAAGGAGGAAGAGGAAGACAGAGCUCUUACUAGAGGGAGGCAGAGAUGGCACAGCAAGAGACAUGCCCCCAGAAUGGCACCACUGCCCCAGGACAGGCCCACCCAUGGGACCAGGAAAUGGAAGCCCAAAGAGGAGAGGAGUUUACAGCAGGCCCUGGACUAGAGAUUAACACAACAACAACAACAGCAACAACAACAACAAAUCUGAUUUAAGCUUCACACAUUCUCGUCCUGUUGUCCAGGCCAGAAUGCAGUGGCAUGAUCUUGGCUCAUUGCAAGCUCCGCCUUCCGGGUUCACACCAUUCUCCUGCUUCAGCCUCCUGAGCAGCUGGGACUAUAGACGCCCACCACCACGCCUGGCUAAUUUAUUGUAUUUUUUAGUAGAGACGGGGUUUCACCCUGUUAGCCAGGAUGGUCUCAAUCUCCUGACCUCGUGAUCCACCCUCCUCGGCCUCCCAAAGUGCUGGGAUUACAGGCAUGAGCCACUGCGCCCAGACUUGUGAGGUUUUAAUAUGAAGUAUUAAAGCUAUGCUGUUUAGACAAUUUGAGAAAUGUUUCUUCUCCUAUUUCUGACAGAGUUGAUGUAAGAUGUGUGCUAUUUCUUCCUUAAGCAUUUGGAAAGAAUUCACUUAUUAAGCCAUGUGAGACUGUAGUUUUCUUUAUAAGGUGUUUAAUUACAGGUUCAAUUACAUAUAUUUGAAUAUUCAUUUUGGUAACCUGUGUUUGCUGAAUCAAUUUGUUCAUUUUAUAUAAAAUUUCAAAGUUGUUCUAUUAUUCAUUUAUCUUUUUAAAUAUUUAUAAGGUCUGCAGUUAGAGUUUCUGCCUUUUGUCUGUUUUCUUAAUCAGUCUCGCUGGGGGCCAUCAAUUUUAUUAGUGUUUCAGAAAAGCAAACUUUGAUUUUAUUCAUCCCUUUACCAUACUGAAAAUGUUUUGCUUAAUUUCCAAACUUAUAGUUCCACUCUGAUUAAAUAUUUGUAUAACUAAAACUCUUUGGAAUUUGUGUCUUCUCAAUGAUCAAAAAUAUGGCUAAUUUUUAUAAAUAUUGCUUCUCCACUUGAAAAGGAUAUGUAUUCUGCAUGUUGAGUGUAGUGUACCAUGUCUCUCAAUUAGAUCGAGCGUGUUAAAUGCAUCCUUUAAUGAUUCUAUUUCCUUACUGAUGUUUGUUUAUUUUUCAGUGGCUGAGACACAGAUAUUAAAGUUUCCCACAAUGAUCGUCAA